AUGACUUAUGAGGACCAAGACGGGAAUGUUAGGUUGCUACCUGGGUACAAGUUUGAUCCUACGGAUGAGGUUCUUGUGUAUUUCUACCUGAAGAAGAAGGCCUUUGCUCAACCUCUUCCUUUCCAAAUCAUCCCAUAUUUUGAUGUGUUUCAAACUGAGCCUUGGGGUCUUCCAGGAGGAGAUGGAAAGAUUUUCAAUGAGCGCAAGUGCUUCUUCUACAAUACCAUGGGUCGUGACCUUGAAAACUUGGACAUCAGAGUUGCUGGGAGUGGCGAGUGGAGAGUUAUAGAAAAAGGCAAAGAUGUUCUUAUUCCUCGAAACAAUCAGGUGAUUGGGAAGAGGAACACCCUAAAUUUCUGGGAAGUGCAAGAAGCAUGUACAAGGAGGACUAAAUGGGUGAUGCACGAGUUCCGCCUUGCAUUAAUAGCUAACCCGUCUAAGAAUAAAGAUGCAAAGAAGGUGAAGAAUGCAAGAUUGUCUAAUGAGGAGAGCUCCAACAGUGGUAGAAAUGCUAGGAGUGCUACAACCAUUGAUUUCAACGUUGAGAGUGACAAUUUCACAAGCCCACUCCUCGUGACUCAUUCCUUAAGUAAUGAGUACCCCUAA